AUCCAUUUCUCUUUGCAAUAAUCUCAAAUCCGGGGAUGCCGUCGAGAUCAAUCAUGGGGGCUCCGGGCAAAGUCGUGAUGACGAUUGGCUGGACCCCGUUCCCGCUACGUGCUCUUCCAGGCCGUGGGUACCUCGAAGGCUCGAAUGAAGCUUUUUUCGAACAAGGCCUGUCGACCAGACCUGACCAACAUUCUUGGUCUAGUCCAAUCCUGGGAUAGCCUCCAAAUCCGAUUCAGUCUCUUCACAGCAU